UUAUGAUCUCAUUGGCUACUUAUUGAUGAAAAUGAAAAUAUUCAAAUGGAACGGUUGGUAAAAGAAGACAAAAGGAAUAAUACAAUUUGUUAAAUAAUUAUUUAGGAUCAAGCGUUAUUUCCAUCGAAAAGAAUAAUCAUUUAUAAUCUAUAUCAUUAUUUAACUUUGCAAUUGAAUCUACCAUCUUUUUGUUCAAAGAAAAAAAAAACAAAACAAAACCUAACAUCUUUAUUUUUCUCUUCAUCCUUUUGUUCUUUGCUCUUUAUUUUUCUCAAAUAAUUAUCACUAUUAAUAACCAAUUCUUCAUGUUUGAGAAGUAGUUAGGUGGAUUAAACCAGCAGUAGAGCAAUCUUCUGACAAGAACACAGGCACGCACAAUGGAAAAUGCAUCACGAAAGAGAUAUGCAGUAGUUACAGGUUCAAACAAAGGAAUUGGAUUUGGGACAGUGAAGGAGUUGGCUUCAAAUGGGAUAGUGGUGGUGUUGACUGCUAGAGAUGAGAAAAGGGGUCUUGAAGCUGUUGAAAAAUUAGCAGAGGCUGGCCUCUCUCAACUAGUCAUUUUCCAUCAGCUUGAUGUGACUGAUCCUUCUUCCAUUUCUGCUCUUGCUGAUUUUGUCAAAACAAAAUUUGGAAAACUUGAUAUCUUGAUAAACAAUGCAGGGGUACCUGCAGGCAAACUAAACCCUGAAGCUUUUAAGGCUGCCCAAAUAGAAAAGAAAGGGGCAGAUAUUAAAAGUUGGGGUAAACUUUUGACAGAAACUUAUGAAUUAACUACGGAAUGUGUCAAAACCAAUUUCUAUGGUGCCAAAGCAGUGACAGAAGCACUUCUUCCUCUCCUCCAGCAAUCUGAUUCACCCAGGAUUGUGAAUGUUUCUUCCUAUGUCGGAAAGUUAACAUUUAUACCAGGUGAAUGGGUCAAAGGGGUGCUUAGCGAUGUUGAAAACCUUACUGAGGAUAAAAUUGAUCAAAUGUUGAACGAGUUUACAAAAGAUUACAAAGAAGAUUCUCUAGAGAGCAAAGGUUGGCCAACUUCUUUUUCUUCAUACAUAGUCUCCAAGGCUUGUUUGAAUGCUUACACAAGAAUAAUGGCCAAAAAGUAUCCCAACUUUUGCAUCAAUUGUGUAAGUCCUGGUUAUGUGAAGACAGACAUAAAUUGCAAUGCUGGGGUGUUGACUGUUGAAGAAGGUGCACAAAGUGUAGUGAGCUUAGCUUUGCUCCCUAACGCCGGUCCAAAUGGCUUGUUUUUCAAUCGACAUGAAGUUAUUCCUUUUUAGUUUCGCUUUUUAUUUUAGUGUUUUCAUAAUUAUAAUUAGGUUACCUUUCCUAAUUACCUUAAGCAUAUGAGACUAGAGUGGUGUUCUCGAUAUACCUAAACAAAUGGUGUGAUUACUACUGUUUCUCCCUUUAAAUUUUUACUCUUUCCAGGAGUAGAAAACUCCUGUGCUGUUUCUAUU